UUCGCGUCCGCUCCCUCUCGCGUUUCGACAUCGAGCCGAUCGAGCAUCGAGCCGAUCGAGCGCCUUCAUUUGGUAUGGCAUUUUGUCCGGAAAAACGAGCCGUUGUGGCCGCUCUCCUUUUAUUUGAGGCCCUAUCCUCCAGUGAGGAUGAAGAGCUGCCAACGAAACGAAGGAUGUGGGUUAAGCCCUACCUGCGCCGACACCGGGAGCAGGGCUGCUACGCUAACUUGAUGCGUGAGUUAGCGCUAGAAGACGCCGAGGCGUUCCGCUCUUGGAUACGCAUGGACACCGGAACAUUUGAAGAACUGUUGAGGAAGGUGAGACCGCUCAUCGAGAAACAAGAUACGUCAUUCCGCGAAGCCAUCCCUGCAGGCGAAAGGCUGGCGAUCACGCUGCGAUACCUCGCCACUGGGGAAACCUUCGCCUCCAUGGGUUUCCAGUUUAGAAGGGGGCAUAAUACCAUUUCCAAGAUAGUCCGGGACGUUUGCGUCGCCAUCUAUGAAGUGUUGGCCUCCGACUACAUAAAGGUGCCAUCAACACCAGGCGAGUGGGAGCAAGUUGCCCGAGGCUUCGAAGAAAUCUGGCAGUUCCCUCACUGCCUGGGUGCCUUAGAUGGGAAGCAUGUCACGAUCUGCCCACCUCAGGGUACAGGAGCUAUGUACCGAAACUACAAGGGUACCUUCAGCAUUGUGUUGAUGGCCCUUGUGGACUCUGAUCUGAAGUUCCUGUACGCUGAUGUGGGUAGGAAUGGUCGUAUGAAUGACAGUGGUGUAUGGGCUGCUACGGAUCUACGGGCACGUAUUGACCGGGGCAUUGCUGAGUUUCCGAAAGCAGCCCAGCUGCCAAACUCAACGAAGACGGCACCUUUCGUCAUCGUGGGGGACGAAGGGUUCGGCAUGAAGCCAUACCUGAUGCGGCCGUUUCCAGCGUCAGAGCUGGAAGAUGCCGAAAGGAUCUUCAACUAUCGGCUUUCCCGGGGACGCCGAAUUGUUGAAAACGGCUUCGGCAUUCUCCGGAACAGAUUCCAAGUCUAUGGGGCUCCUCUUCGUCACAAGCCGGAUAGAGCGGUGAAGGUUGUGAAGGCGACUAUUGCCUUACACAACUACCUUCGGACGAAGAACGGCACGCGGGCAAGGUACACACCACCCGACAGCCUUGAUGUUGAAGACGUGCUCACAGUCACUGUACGUCAAGGCAGCUGGAGAAAGGGUGUGAACGACAAAGCAGUCUUCCCCCUGGAGCGCAUUGGUGGCAGACAACCAGACGACGCCAAGGCUGUUCGUGAGGUCUUCAGAGACUACUUCAUGAAUGAAGGCCAGGUUUCUUGGCAGUGGAAGGUGCUGGAGUAACGGCACCACGACCAAACUGGCUGCGAUUGAAUUCUCCACCAUGAUUCUGUGGGCGGCCAGCAUGGCCAUCUGCCUGUCCGCACCCCUUGGUAUGCUGCGGGCGCAGCACUCCAUCAUAACGCCGAAGCUCCUGCAUUCGUCCGGCUGCGGCGGCUCCUUGGCAGCGUUCAAGCUGUCGACAGCUGCCUGCAGCAGCACCGCCCUGUUCGGUGCCGCCUCCUCCGUGCGGCGGCAGUUCCUCUUGGAGGGUGGAGGCGCUGACUGCACAGCUUCUUCACUCGGCUCAUAAAUCGGCUCGAGGCUAUCAUCCUGCACAUAAUUUUUUUAUCCCACUUCUUGUAUUAUUUGGUGUUUUCUCUUUUAUUCUCGUAUUCACAAGCUCUAAAGUACACAUGCAUAUUUGAAACCAGAAGCCUGACAAAGAAAGCUUUUCAUGAGAACAAUUGAGUGUGUGUAACGAAUGUAUCGCAAAUUAUCAAUUACGAAAGCUAAGGUAUACAGAGGUAAUUCAUUUGGCGAGAAAGGAUCCCCUGAAAUGUGU